AUGCUUAAGUCUACUCAUAGAGCAGCAGGUCCGGCAAACUCCAAUGAGCCCGCCCUCCCUCCAGGCUGGACUGAGCAUAAAGCUCCAACAGGACACAGCUAUUACUACAAUGCAGAGACUAAGCAGUCUACUUACACUCGGCCUGCAGCACCUUCCGCAACUCCUUUCUUCAUAGACCAUACCGCGACGCCGACUCUGCAUGGUCAAAUUCCCGGCCAGACUGCUGGCAGUUUCGAACCACCUCAGAGGUCUGAGUAUGGGGGAAGCUUCCGAGGUGGCUUGUCAUAUCAAGACCGUUCUCGCCGUCAACAUCAACAGGAUCGGCCUAAGAAGAAGAAGACUAUACCAGGAUGUGAGCCAUGGAUUCUUGUGACCACAAAGCUGGGAAGACGAUUCGUUCACAACCCGGAGAAGAACGAAAGUUUCUGGAAAUUCCCUCAAGAUGUCCUCCUGGCGACGUUUGAGAUGGAUCGGAAGGAGCAAGAAGAGAAACUGAGCGUCGAAGGAGAAGGUCCUAAAGCAGUAGCUACAGCUGAGCCAAGACCACGCCUACCUCCCCUCCAACGGGACAACGAAGGAGAUAAGCGUGAAGCAGAUGACAGCGAUUCCUACGAAGAUGUUGAAGUCACGGAUGAUGAAAACAUUGAUCUAGAACAGCCUGAUGCCAUCGAAGGACCAACAAAGAAACAGCGCACCAAUUCCAAUCAUCAAUCAGAACCAUCUGGCCCGGUGGAGUUUAACGAGGAAGACAUAGCCUACCAGCUUGCACAGAUGGGUCAAGAGUACGGGCUGGACCCUGGUGAGUACGGCAACGGUGAAGAUGAUGAAUACGACACCGGGCUGCCUCUUUCUGCUGAUGACUCUCGAGCACUCUUUUAUGAUCUCCUCACCGACCAUGCCAUCAAUCCAUACACUACUUGGGAGAAGGUCCUCGAACAGGGCCACAUCAUAGACGAUGAGCGAUAUGUCGCUCUCCCCAACAUGCGCACUCGGAAAGAAGCCUUCACAAUAUGGAGCACGGAACGGAUACAAGAAAUGAAAGAGCAGCGCGCCAAAGAAGAGAAGAAAGACCCCCGAAUCCCAUAUCUGCGAUUGCUGCACGAACACGCAACGCCAAAGCUGUAUUGGCCCGAAUUCAAACGCAAAUACCGGAAAGAAGAAGCAAUGAAAGACGCCCAUCUACCGGACAAAGAACGUGAGAAAUUGUACAGAGACCACAUCAAUCGCCUCAAACUACCAGAAAGCACGCGAAGGACCGCGCUGAAAGACCUAAUGAAAAGCAUACCCCUGGAACAUCUCCACCGAAACUCCACACCAGACACCCUCCCCGCAACCAUCCUCACCGACCUCCGCUACAUCUCGCUCCCCUCUCGAACCCGCGACCCACUCAUCGAAGCCUACAUCUCCACUCUUCCAUCCCUUCCCCUCGACCCCAGUGCCGCCGGCCCAUCCGCCUCGGAUCAAUCCGAAGCAGAUAAGAAAGCGGAAGAGCGCGAGAAACGGGAGAAGGCACUGAGGGAACGGGAGAAGAUGGUUCAGGAGGAGAAGCGGAAGGUGAUGGGUGCUUUGAGGCGUGGCAAGGAGGUGAUGAGGGAUGAGGAGAGAGAAAUCGAGGAGGCCUUGAGAGUCAGCGGCAGGGAAGGUUUGAGGGCGUAUUUGAGGGAGAUGGAGGGCAAUGCUGCGGAGGGGAAUGCUUCGAGCUGA